UUGGUUCGGCCCCCGUCUACUCAGGGGUGGUGCUUAGCCGGCGCCAGACCGACCCUCGGCUUCGGAGCGGCAGCGCCGUCCCUCUCGGCGCCCCGUCGGCUUCUCAGGCUUCCUCGGCUUCCUCAGGGACCGCGGACCCUGGUCUAUGCCCUACCUCUGACCCCGCUAAAGCCAUGUCGACCCCGGCCCGGCGCCGCCUCAUGAGGGACUUCAAGAGGUUACAAGAGGAUCCUCCGGCCGGAGUGAGCGGGGCUCCGUCGGAGAACAACAUAAUGGUUUGGAACGCGGUCAUUUUUGGGCCCGAAGGGACCCCAUUUGAGGAUGGAACAUUUAAACUUACAAUUGAAUUCACUGAAGAAUAUCCAAAUAAACCACCUACUGUUAGAUUUGUCUCUAAGAUGUUCCAUCCUAAUGUCUACGCAGAUGGUAGUAUAUGUCUGGAUAUACUUCAGAACCGUUGGAGUCCAACCUAUGAUGUGUCUUCCAUUUUAACAUCCAUACAGUCUCUAUUGGAUGAACCUAAUCCCAAUAGUCCAGCAAACAGCCAGGCUGCCCAGCUGUACCAGGAGAACAAGCGGGAAUAUGAAAAGCGUGUUUCUGCCAUAGUAGAACAAAGCUGGCGUGACUGUUGACUCAGGGUAGAGCAGAAGAGGCUGGCCAUAAAAAAAUGUAUAUUGAUGCAUUUAUCACCUUAUUCCUAAUCCAUUACAUUUACUUUAUUAAAAACAAAAUAGCUGUUGUGCUG